GGAAACGUUCACCAUAGUCCAGUGUUUCAUUCUACACAGCUUACUUGCUCGUUGCCAGGAUGCGUUACGUGGCUGCGUACCUUUUGGCCUCCAUUGGAGGCAAACGAAACCCAUCUGUGGCAGAUAUUGAGAAGAUUCUCGGUUCUGUGGGGAUUGCGGUGGACAUGGAAAGGUUGAACAAAGUCAUCUCUGAACUAGAAGGGAAAAACCUGGACGAGCUCAUCGCACAAGGCCAAUCGAAACUUGUCUCUGUGACUGCUGGAAGUGGCACUGCCGUCACUGCACACCCUGAAGAGACUGGCUCUGUCGCAAGUGGAGAAAAGAAGGAAGAAAAGAAAGUAGAAAAGAAAGAAGAAAUGAGUGAUUAUGAGAGUGAUAGUGAAUGCGGUUUGGGCGAUAUAUUUGGCUAA